UAAUAAUAGGGAAUAUGCAGACAAUUUUUUUAUUUUUUUUAUUCAAUUUUCACUUCAUUUUGAUGUAGAAAAAAAAUAAACCAUAGCUGUAAGAGUAGUAAUUACUUUUUUAUAAAAUUUUAAAAAUAGUGGUUUAAUUUGACGAGUUCAAACGCUCCUAUUUCUCGCGCGCUUGAUGCGUGACGUCAUAGGGCACACCUGUCAUUGUAUUGUUUGUUUACAUUGAGAGUUUGAUAGAUAAUAACACGCGUAAUAAUCAUGGAAGAAGAAAAAAAGCCAUUUUAUAGAUAUUGCAUGGUACCAAUGUGUCCUAACAAUAUAAAAAGUACACCAGAUAAAGUGUUUUUUGCUGUUCCGAGAGAUCCGAACAUACGUAAACAAUGGUGUGAGGUUAUGCGAAGAGAAUAUAAUGUAUCUUCAAUAUCGCGUUUACAUUGUUGUGAAGAUCAUUUUAAUAUCAAAGAAGAUACAGUAAAUUAUAUUAAAUACAAGCUCAUGAAGGAACAAGGCGAAAAAGUUAAAUUAUUCUUAAAUAAAGGAGUUAUGCCUCAUAAAUUUCAAUGCCAAAAACGAAAUGCACCAGGACCACAGGAGAGAAUGUAUGAUUCUAAGAAGAAAAGAUUAUCACUUAUAAAUGAAUCUUUCUCCGAACCUGAAGUCAACAGUGAAAAUGUUUUAGAACGUGAAACUUCACAAACAAGUUAUUGUGAUGCCGGACCAAGUACUUCCUAUAUUCAAGGCUGUGAAAAUGAUCCAGUGAGGCCUAGUACCUCUGUUAUGGAUUUGUCUGUAAUAGAGCCCAGUACAUCCCAUGUUGAAGUCUCUACUAAUACAGAAAACUUCCUUAGUGACAAGUGUGUGCAAAUAAAUAUGAGACCAAACUUCAGAAGUAAAAGUGUUCAAGUUAAUUUAACAACAAAGAAGACUAAUGUAGCUUUAUCUCCUGUUCCCCUUCCAUCACAAAAUAUUGGAACUUCACCAAUAAAACCUGCAACAGCUGCGGUAAAAAGAAAUUUAUUUCCUACUAAGUCGGAUACAACAUCUAUUUCUUCCAUUUCUUCACAGAUAUCUCAUGAUUAUGAACCCUGUAGCUCAUCUGACUUAAGUUAUUGUGUGCAAGAUGAAUCAGCAGAUUCAGAUGAUGAAAAACAUUUUAAAAAUGUAAUGCGCAGUAGUAUGUUAAGUGCCAUAGAUAGAGAACCCAAAAUGUUACUAGGAUUACAUAAACAGUCAUAUCAUUUAAUAAAACUAUUAAGUGAAAACAUUCCACUUCCAACUGUAGACAUAUUAAUAACACUUAAGAAAUUGAAGUUAAAUGAAUCUUUUGGCAUACUUGCUUUACAUUUUGGCUACUCACAGAGCACUAUCAGUAGAAUAUUCAAUAAAAGUUUACCUUUAAUCGCAUCAAAAAUGAAAGACUUGAUUGUGUGGCCAACACCAACUGAGGUAUAUAAAAAUUUACCUAUAUCAUUUAGAGCUAGGUAUUCAAAUGUUAUUUCUAUUAUUGAUUGCUUUGAAAUCCAGAUUGAAAAACCUUCCGAUCCAGUCCACCAAUCACUUACUUGGUCACAGUACAAAAAAUGUAAUACAUUGAAGUAUUUAAUUUCAUGUACACCAGAUGGGUUGAUUAAUUUUAUAUCCGAUGGAUAUGGUGGAAGAGCUACAGAUGUCAUGAUAGUGCAAGACUGUGGUUACUUAGACUGCUUACCUCCAAAAAAAGCAGUUAUGGCGGACAGAGGGUUUAAAGACUUAUCACAUUUACUGGGAGCCAGAGACUGUACUCUCGUCCGGCCACCUUCUGUUUCACAGUCCAACCCAAGCACCAAAGAUGAAGUAAAGCAGUCAAAACGAAUAGCAGCUUUGAGAAUUCAUGUUGAAUGUGUAAUAAAUAGAUUAAGAGAGUUUCAUAUGUUACUGCCUCAUGCUUGUGUAGACUAUAAUUUAAUACCUGUCAUUGAUGAUGCAAUAACAUUGGCAUGUGGUUUGGUAAAUAUUCAGGAUGUUUUAAUAAAAAAAUGAAUUAAGAAUGCA